AUGUGACGAGGAAGAGGAAGACAACGAAGAAGAAGAAGAAAGACAUGAUCUUUAGGAGCAUAAACCGAACUGCGCAGCGUUGGACAAUGGUCGGAGACAUGUGAGUGUAGGAGGUGGAAGCGUUGACCACAGGCUGAAGCACCAGCAGACGGAGCCGACAUGUUUCCCAGCAGCGUGGAAGCGAAGCGGGUGGAGAUCCCGUCCGACGUGCUGGACGACCUGUGCAGCCGGUUCAUCCUGCACAUCCCCAGUGAGGAGAGGGACAACGCCAUCCGGGUGUGCUUCCAGAUUGAGCUGGCCCACUGGUUCUACCUGGACUUCUGCAUGCAAAACAAGCCGGGAGCGCCUCACUGUGGGAUAAGAGACUUCGCCAAAGCUGUCUUCCAUCACUGUCCUUUUCUGCUGCCUCAUGGAGAAGAUGUUCAGAAGGUCCUGGAGCAGUGGAAGGAGUACAAAAUGGGUGUUCCUACCUAUGGAGCCAUCAUUCUGGAUGAAGCCCUAGAAAAUGUGCUGCUGGUUCAGGGCUACCUGGCCAAGUCUGGCUGGGGUUUCCCAAAGGGGAAAGUCAAUGAAGACGAGGCUCCUCACGACUGCGCAGUGCGUGAAGUUAUGGAGGAAACUGGCUUUGACAUCAAGAAUCGCAUCUGCAAAGAUGUGUACAUAGAGCAGAAAAUCACUGACCAGCUGGUGCGUCUCUACAUAAUCCCACAUGUGUCCAAGGACACGAAGUUCAACCCCAAAACCAGGAAGGAGAUCAGGAACAUCGAAUGGUUUCCCAUCGAAAAGCUUCCCUGUCACCGGAACGACAUGACGCCCAAGUCGAAACUCGGACUCGCCCCCAACCGCUUCUUCAUGGCGAUUCCUUUCAUAAGACCUCUGCGAGAGUGGAUCAGCCGUCUCCGAGGCGACUCCACUGACAGCGAUGAGGACUCUGCUCCCUGCGACGGUGCUCGGACCAAGUCUCGCCACGUCACCAGCAGUGUGGACGCAUCCUGUGGAGACGUCUGGACUAAACACAGGCAGCAGAGAGCUGUGGGCACGCUGAGCCAGUAUGACCUGAACCAGAACCCAAACCUGAAGGGCAGUGGAAAGAAAAGUCAGGAAUUAGCUUACGUGAAGAAAGGAGCUGAGAGUGGAGCCAACCCUCAGAUGAAAACCAAAGAAGAGAAGAGGCUUCAGCCCAGACGACUGCAGGAGAGCUUUGACAGAGACGCAGGUGGUCCAGCGCCCGUCAGCAGAGACGGUGAACCGCUGCUGUCCUCCAGGACUUUCCUUCACUUCAGAUUUGACAGAGACGCCAUCAUGAAAUGUUUUGACUACUGACCUGGUGGAUAAAACCAACGCAGCUCAGCCUGGAUGUUCCUGAAGCACCACACUAUUAGUCACUAGCUGUCUGCCUUUUCAAACACACAGCUCUGUUUUAAGGUGAGCCUUAGGAGCCGCUGCUCAGGAAACCAGGGAUUUUUUUAGAGAAACUGAAGCAUUUUAACCACAAGGCCACAAAGUCCCCCUUUCAUCUGUAGCUGUAGAGUACGGUAGGAUUUUAAGAAAUGAAUGAAUUUCCUCAAUUCUCCCAAAUUAGUCCAAACUGUUAAUGUUCAUUGAGCUGGAAGUGUUUUUAACAGGUCUGCUGCUGUCGAGACUAAAGUAAUACAUGAAGACAUUCCUGCUUUCGGCCUCCACGACUUUUCAAUUGUUCUAUUUGAAUGUUUGUUCCUGUUGUUAGUUCAUCUAAAUAAAGAAAAAUAUACAACUAAAAAUUUGUUAGAAGUAAAAACCACAGACGUGUGUUGGGUUAAAAUUAAACAGAUACAUUGAAUGCAUUUUUUUAUUUAAUUCUGUAUUUUAUUACUUGUGGAGCAUUUGGACUUUUUGGGAACAUAAGAAACAAUCUUCCAUGAAAACAAAAAAAUUAAUUAAAAAAAGUUCAUCCUUUGCUGCUGCUUCUUAUGAAUUUGAAUAAAAAUGUUGGGCCUUUUAGCAACAACAGCUGAAAACAACCAUGAAAUCAACACCUCCUUGUGAAACUAUAUGGAAUUUGUAUAGAAUGAACCGUCAUGUGAAGUCUGUUUAUUACUAACUGUAAAACUCAGUCCUCAAGUUUCACUGUGAUCCUAAAUAAAGUCUGUUUUUAUACACACGA